AUGUUUGCAAAGCCGAGACCAAAGAAGAGCGUCCUGCCACCCCCGAGCAAGAAGCGCAAGUACGGCGUUGAGCAAGUCUCCUUCGACUUUGACGCUCGCCACGAGUAUCUCACCGGCUUCCACAAGCGGAAACAGCAGCGCAUAAAGCAGGCCCAGGAAGAGGCCGCCAAGCGGGCGCGGGAGGAGAGGCUCAGAACCAGGGCACAGAUUCGAGAAGAGCGCAAGCGAGAGGUUGAGCAGCACGUCGAGCACGUCAACAAGCUGCUUCGGGAAUCUGGCGCGAUCGAGGCCGACGACACGGAGGAGCAAUCGGGUGAGGAGGCCGAGGCAAACGACGGAGAGUGGGACGGGUUCCCAGAUCGACCGAAUCUCGACAUUGUGGAUCACGAAGAGGAGUACAUAGACGAGGAUCGAUAUACGACAGUCACCGUCGAGUCCGUCUCAAUAUCGCGAGACGGCUUAGAACGCCCGGAGAAGCCCCAAGAGAAGGCUGAGGAAGAGGAGCAGAAGGGAGACGCGGACAAGGCGCCUCAGGAACAACCAAAAGGCCCCGCAAGGCCCAAGAAGAAGAAGCAAAAGUUCCGUUACGAAUCCAAAAUUGAGCGGCAGCUCACGGAGAGGAGGCAAAAGGCCAAGAGCAAAGCAAAGAGCAAGGCGCGGAGAUCAGAGUAAAGAGGUUUGGAGCACGGAAAUAGUUGGCCAGCGUCAGUAGCAAUCUAUAGAUACCCCUGAAGAGCAACACGAAAGGGGGGAGAAAGGGCAAAAGGAACAAGCAAUACAGGACAAGGACACAAAAGGCAGGAAAAACUUGACAUGGCGACGAAACACGUAAUCGUUGUAAUGCUGCUGCUGCU